AUGGCUACAGCUACAAUUCAACAUCCCUCUGAUACUCAACCGUCGACAUACCAUGAGAGCUCCACUAUCCCCACAAUCAACAAGCCAAAGCCCGAAAAGCACAACGUCCACACAACUCUCAACUUCUUCAAACCCAACGCGGACGGCUCCCCACCAGAACCAAUCUAUGUUGACAAACCUCAAACCUACGAGCGACCCUUUGAAAGCCACAAAGUCACUAUCCAGGAUGUGACGGGAGAGGAAUCGAAAUACAACCUUGAUAGCCAUGGUUUUCAAUUCAUCCCACAUGUCAGCGAAGAGAAGGACUUUCUUGACGAUGAGAAGAUUAAAAAUCAAUACUAUAAAGAAGUCGAUCAGAUUUUAAGAGAUGCAACAGGAGCAACCAGAGCAUUCAUCUUCGACCACACAAUCCGCCGUGGCAGCAGCAGCAGCACCACCAAAGAAGAACCCCCCAAAUCUUCUUCGCACAAGGAAGAAGAAGAAGAAGAAAAAGUCCCCAAAGAUACAAAAUCCAAAACCCCCUCCUCCCUCAACACCCCAGUAAAACAAGUCCACAUAGACCAAUCCUACACAGCAGCCCUCUCCCGAGUCCCCCUCCACCUCCCCCCUUCCGAAGCACCCCGCCUCCUAAAAUCUCGAAUCCAACUAAUAAACCUCUGGCGACCCAUAAAACCCAUACAACGAGAUCCUCUAGCCGUCGCACAAUCCCAGAGUAUCCUUGAAGAAGCUCUCGUUCCUAUUGCGUUUGUUUCCGAGAAGCGUAAGGGAGAGACGCUUUCCGUCAAAUUUCAUGAGGGGCAGAAGUGGUUUUAUAAAUUUCGGAUGAGGCCUGAGGAGGUGUUGUUGAUUAAGUGUUUUGAUAAUCGCGCUGGGGUGGGGAGUCUUGAGAAGUAUAAGGGGAGGGCGAAACGGGUGCCGCAUUCUGCUUUUGAGGUUCCCGGGACGGAAUUUGAUGAGGAAGGGAGGGAGAGUAUUGAGGUUAGGGCUUUGGUGUUUUUUGAGGAGGAUGGGGAGGGGGAGGAGGUUGGAGCUUGA